GCCUUUUGUCCACACCAGAGAAUACUAGUGGUGUACUUCUAAGUACCAUAUUGGGUCAUAAAUCAGAUUUCAGUGAGGAUCUAUAUAUGGAAUAUCCGAGUGGAAGUCGAUCUCAGCACGAGACCGAUGUCAACAACUCUUUUAGUACUGGAGCAUCGGACGAAUAUUAUG